AUGUUGUUCCAUCGCUACAGGCCUCGUCUUCCCGGCGGAGAGUUGGCCCCGAUGCCCUGGCCCGUGUCCCUUUACCGAAUCCUGAACCACAUAGCCUGGCCCCUGGAGGCGGAUUCGGGUCGCUGGACCGUUUUCCUGGACCGAGUGCUGAUUUUCCUGGGCUUUCUGGUCUUCUGCGAGCACAACGAGGUGGACUUCCAUUACCUGAUAGCAAAUUGGCAGGAUAUGGACAACCUGCUGACAGGCAUGCCCACAUAUCUGAUUCUGGUGGAGAUGCAGAUACGCUGCUUUCAGCUGGCCUGGCACAAGGAUCGCUUUCGGGGCCUGUUGCAGAGAUUUUAUGAGGAAAUCUAUGUGGCGGAGGAGUCGGAACCCCAUUUGUUUGCCAGGAUACAGAGGCAAAUGAGGGCCACUAGGCUCAAUUCGACCGUCUAUCUGCUGGCCCUGUUCAAUUUCCUUCUGGUCCCCGUGACGAAUGUCAUCUACCACCGUCGGGAAAUGCUCUAUAAGCAGGUGUAUCCCUUCGACAACACGAAAUUGCAGUUCUUCAUCCCGCUCCUUGGACUCAACUUCUGGGUGGGCUUCGUCAUCACCAGCAUGCUCUUUGGCGAACUAAAUGUCAUGGGUGAGCUUAUGAUGCAUUUAAAUGCCCGAUAUGUCCAGCUGGGACAAGAUCUUCGUCGUUCAGCCCAGCGGCUGCUGGAAAAAGGUGCCACUAUAGACACAGCCUCCAGUUAUCGGCGGGCCUUAACCCACGUCCUGCGGAGGAAUGCAGCCCUGAGGAACUUUGGCCAGCGGAUGGAGGAGGAGUUCAGUCUGCGUAUCUUCGUCAUGUUCGCUUUCAGCGCUGGUUUGCUCUGCGCCCUGUUUUUCAAGGCUUUUACGAACCCCUGGGGUAAUGUGGCUUAUAUUGUGUGGUUCCUGGCCAAAUUCAUGGAGCUGCUGGCCCUGGGCAUGCUGGGCUCUAUUCUGCUCAAGACAACAGACGAACUGGGUAUGAUGUACUACACCGCUGACUGGGAGCAGGUUGUCCAUCGGUCGGACAACGUUGGGGAGAAUGUCAAACUGAUGAAACUGGUGACUCUGGCCAUCCAACUCAACUCAAGGCCCUUCUUCAUAACCGGUCUGAAUUAUUUCCGCGUCAGUCUAACAGCAGUACUGAAAAUCAUACAGGGCGCCUUUUCCUACUUUACGUUUCUAAAUUCGAUGCGGUGAACUGGAUUCUGGAUUGGCGGCAUAAUUGUGUUGCCAAUCAUUAGGAAGUUAUACG